AUGGAUACAAAACACAAUGGAAAAGUUUCCUCCACACUCGCUGGCAGGAAUGAUCCUGGUGUUGCUCGUUUAGCGGGCCUCAGCAUUGGGAAUGUGCAGGAACCUUUUGCUUGUCCCGUGAAUCUUGAUGAAGAACGCGAUACAAAUGCGUCACCAAGAUCCGACACUACAACAGCAGCUUCAGUGGAGCGUCGCGACGAUACAUUUAACAAUAGAGCAUCUAUCUCCCGUCGCAACCAUGUUUUUCAUCCAUACUCUGCGGUAUUUGGAUCCCUACCAUCUUAUUCUGCUGAGAGAAGAGAAGAGGAAGAGCUGAGCUUUCCGUUUGUUGUCGAUAGGAAACCGAAACACGGUAACCUUGUACGCAUUCCAAAACCCCAUAGAAAUGCAAAUACGGGGCUUCCUCCUUUUGUAUCCGCGUUGUUACAACCACAACAACGCAAUCCGAGUGACAGUGAAAGUAGUACUCUGAAACAGGAAGCUCGAAGCCACAACAUUGAUUAUUUUGCGGAGUUCGCACCUCAAAAGGUGUAUAAAUCACCCACAAGACCCACAAACACCAUUCAGAGGUCAAUUGUCAAUACACCACUAGGGUUGGCUGUGCUUUUGAAUCAUGAUGGCUCCAAACCAACCAGUACCCCAAGAUCUUUGCCACGUCAUCCGGCAAACACUAUUCGGCCAAUCCAACCUCAAUUUGCUCCCUCAAAUUCUGCCCAGGUAGCCACAGAACAAGCCCAAAAGUUUCGACGUUGGCAACCCGAAGAAGAUGAUGUCCUCAAGUUCGCAGUGGAGACUGAAGGAGGUCCACCCAUCAACUGGAAGAGAAUUGCCCAUACUUACAUGAACAAUACCCGGACUGCCUUGCAAUGCAAAAGUCGCUGGACCAAGUCGCUAAAGCCAGGACUCGCACGCGGUCCCUGGACAAAAGAAGAAGAUGCCUGCAUCCUCCGAUACAAGCAAGAGGGCUUGAAAUGGUCUGAAAUUUCCAAGUACUUGCCCGGUCGCCUCCCCGAACACAUUAGCGAUCGUUAUAACAACGUCCUCGACCCAGAGUUGAAGAAAGAUCCCUGGACUAAUGAAGAGGAUCGCAUCUUGUUCCAAGAGCAACGUCGGAUCGGAAACAAAUGGACCCAAAUCUCCCACAACAUCCCAGGUCGGUCAGAAAAGUCUGUCAAGAACCGUUGGCACAAUCUGAAGAACACUCGCAAACGCCGCGAACGUAGUGAACUCUUUGGACGCAACGCCCGUGCCAAACAGCAACGAUUUCUAGAAACGAAGCUGCGAUUGCUCAAAUUGGAAAUGACACAAAAGUCGUCCAGCCCAAAAAUUGAAUCCGCCAUGGUGCUGGAACAAAAGCGACUAGAAGAGCAGCUUCAAUCACUCCAAUUGGUAACAACCGAAAACCCAUCUGUCAUAAAGUGCGAACCCAUAGAAGUCAUUGAGAUCGAUGACGACUAG